AUGGUGACGAGUGGCCUCGUUGGGGAUGUGGAUGUGGUCAACUUCGAGUCUGACACUCUUUUUCCUGGGUGGAAUGACGAGGAAAGCGAGCCGCACCAGCGUCGUGGGACGAGCCCUGCUCGCGCUUUGCGGACUCCAUGUCCGUUUCCUGAGUUCUCGUCACCUGAAGGACGUGGUGUAAUCACCGAUGACCUCAAUGAUGCACAGAAGCGGCAGCUGGAAGCUGUCCAUAAGGUGGCUCUGAUACGCGCUUAUCCACGGUCAGACAUUGACCAUCGUGUGAAUUAUGGCUUCCGCCUGGCGGAUCCCGCUGUGGAAGCGAAGGAUGCUGUAACUCGAUCAUUACGCGUCGACAUCGUCGGGCCCCCGGCCAUUACGAAGGCUGGGCUUGUCGAACGGAAAGCUCUUCGAAAUCGAUACUUGGUACUACAAGAUUUUCCGUUGGACGUUUAUCGCACUCGUCUACGUACUCAACGAGGUGGCUCUCAUGUACCCGCAAUGCGAAUGAUACCUGUAGUGCUCGCCCCUAGCGAAAGCGGUACAGAUGACGAAGCGCUCUUUGAGCGAUCGGUGCAACGGCACCGAGAACUUUCGCCACCCCGAUUUGAGUUUGCCAAACUCAAAGCACGCCGUUGA